UGCAAUAAUAUAAAAUAACAUUUUCUGCAGUUGCGCAAAGAAUCAGAGGAGCUUAACACUAGGAAAUACAUUUGCUGUCUCACUGUGACUUCUUGUAACUGUGAAUAUAUAUUCAGAGGAAAUGUUUUUUUAGACUUUGUUGGUCUACAUGUACUUCUGGUACACACUGUGUUGACUGCGUAUUUCCACUCCUAAAGGGACAACCUGCUAAAACGAGGUCGACUAUCUUUGAGCAAGAAUAAUCAAAAGAAGCCUGCUGGUUUAACAGAUGGACCAUCAGUGGAUUGAGAUGGCAGCUCUGGGUCGGCCCCUGUACGCUGGGAUGCUUUAUGACUGCCGGAAUGAUUCCUACAUCCCCGGGGUCACUCUGUGGGACUCGGUUGCCCUGAAGAAAGACCUGGACACUCACAUCAAACCAAACACCUCCUUCAACAUCAGCACUUCGGACAGCAUCAGCGAGAAGACCAAGCAGCUGGAUAUAAGCUCCUCUCUGAAGGCCAGUGUUCUGGGCGGCCUGGUGGAGGUGUGCGGUUCGGCCCAGUACCUGAAGGACCAGACGAGCUCCCUGCUGCAGAGCCGGAUCACCCUGCAGUAUGGCCAGACCGUGCGCUUCGAGCAGCUCACCAUGACACACCUGGGCCAGGUAAAGUACCCGCAGGUCUUCGAGCAGAAGUCUGCCACACACGUGGUGGUGGCAGUGCUCUAUGGCGCCCAGGCCUUCUUCGUGUUCGACAAGCAGACACAAUCGACUGAGGCCAAGCGCAAGAUGGACGCCAAGCUGCAGGGGGUGCUGCGGAAGAUGCCCGCGCUGUCUGUCGACUGGGACGGGGCUGGGGCCAAGUUCACCGCCAAUGAAAAGGAAGAGCUGAAGACCUUCACCUGCACCUUCUACGGCGACUACCAGCUCAAGAAGAUGCCCACCAACUUCGAGGAGGCCGUGCAGGUGUACAAGGAGCUGCCCACCAUGCUGGGGGAGAAGGGCGAGAUGGCCAUUCCCAUCCGCGUCUGGCUGCUGCCGCUGGCCACCCUGGAGCCCCGCGCCGCCCGCCUGGAGCACAUGAUCCGCAGCAUGAGCGUCUCGGAAGUGGAGUCAGCCGUGGAGGGCCUGGGCACUGCACUGAAGCAGUGUGCAGACCUGCUGCAGGACCCACUCCUGAGCCAGCUAGGCCACGUUCAGGAACGGCUUACAAAAGUCCAGGAGCUGCUGCGCCAAUACACGGUUUCGUUCCGCCGCAAGCUGGCCGAGCUGCUGCGGGCCGUGCGUGGAGGGGAGCAGGAGGAGAGCGCCCUGGAGGAGGCCCUACAUGCCCACCUGGCGUCACCGUUUAGCAGGCAACGGUUGCAGAACUGGCUGAACGACAAAUCCUCAGAGGCCAAGGUGCUGGGGCUGUAUGUGCGCAGCCUCAGCAGCAUGACCACUGUGUGCUCGGCCCAGCAGUUGGAGGAGUUCUGUCUGGAUCCACAGAAGGAGACGGUCAUCUCCUUCUCCUUCACCUCGGUGGACCGCGACGAGCCUUACCUGGAGCAGCUCAGGGUCUACCUGAACCACCACCAUGAGCCCGUCCCGGAGUCCGCGGCAGUGGACGGGCCCGGGCAGAAGCCGUGGUUCUGCUGCAACAAAAUCUCGAAGGUGAUGCGCGAACAGCUCCGCAUCUUCACAGAGCUAAUGGAGGCCAACCGUGGAGAAGGGGUGCGCUCUAUCACCUGCGCCCUAGCUGAUGCCUCACGACCUGGGGCCGACAUCCACCUCUUCCACAGGGGGGUCCGCAUACUCCCACUGAGCCUGGAUGCCCCCGAGCCUGCCGUUGUGACGGAUCUGCAGCGCAGCACCGUCACCCUCCGGCUGCCCAAGCCACCGGCCGGGGCGGUGCGCUACCGACUGGAGCUUGCGGAGAGGGAAGGGAAUCCCGACGAACCGCCAGGUCCACGACAGCACAUCAAGUGGACCAGCACGGAGACCCAGGGCAUGCCCAACACAUGGACAUUCUCAGACCUGAACCAACGCAGGACGUACUUGUUCAGGUACAGGGCUGUCACUGAUGUUCUGGUGGGUCUGUCCAGCAAAGUGACCCAGUUCCAAACAAAAGGGUAUUUUAAUUAGUUCUAUUACAACUUUUGAUCAAAUAAUAAUAAUAACAACAAUAAUACUAAUUUAAUUAUUAUUAUUGUUGUUGUUUAUUAUUAUUGACAACAUAACAUGUGGAAAUCAGUUUAGAGCACAGAUUGAAGACUCAAGUAGUAUGGACUGAUAAACUGUACUGCAGUCAGAGAUAGAGCCAGGUGAGAAUGGGCAGCUCUGAUUUAAAAAGGGAUGCUGAUGACAAGAUGAGGGGGAUAGAGAAAAACCGCCUUUCCCAGUCGCUUCCAAUUCACUCAGAAAAACACUCACACACUAGAGUCAGUAUUCAUAUUUUGUAGUUACAUUCAGCACAUAGUUUAAUCCAAAGCAAUUUAAAUGCAAUUACAAUGUUUAUGUGUUGAAUUGUUACCCUGAAGACCAUUUACUUUAUAAUUUGCAGAAAGGAGUCUAGAUAUAUUUUGCAACUCAGAGAGAUUGAAAAAUAAACUUAAAUGAAUAUCUGCAUUGCCGAGUUUAAGUGCAGGCCACUGUGAAUAGGGUUACCAUGUUUUACGGGCUACAAAUGAGGAACUUCUCUAUGUGUCCACCAGGGUGUAUUAACUGCCUAUUUGUAUGGUUUCCUUCUGUCAUUAGGUUGUUUUUCUUUGUUUGCUUGUUCUCUCAUUUGGUCAAAUAGAAAUGUAUAUUUAUUUGACCUUUGAUCUGUGUGGAGUGCAUUUCUACUAUGUCGACAUUAAUUGUAAACGACUCAUGUUUAGAUUUCAUAUAUGGCCCAGUGAAAAUUCUCGCUGCACUCUUUAUACAUUUACUGAAGAAGCUAUUUACACUCGCACAGUUCUGCUCUACAUUUCAGUUCCUGUUACCUUCUUCAGUUCUGCCUCUGACAUUAUUGUGGUAAUACACAAAGUGGAACCUUUGACCACUGGUGCUUUUUAAACCUUUACAUAUGUAUUCAGUUAUUCAAAACAGAGCUGCAAUAAACCUAUUCUGGUGUGUAA